UCAGUUGUAAAAAAAAAAAAUAAAUAAAAAUAAAAAUACAGUACUUACUAAAUUACCUGGUCAGAUUCAAAAGUUAGGUAUCUCUUAAAGAAUGCAAUUGUUUCAGCUUGCACAGUGGAAUUUUGUUACAAGUUCUAAUCAUCAAAAUUUCAGUUUGUUAGAAAAUAUUGUCUAUUUUUAUUUAAUUUAAGUUGAUGACCUUGCAGAUGUACAAUUGAAGACUGAAGAAAGUAGGGCAGGAAAACCAUUCCCAAACUGAGGAUGAUGAUAAAGAACACAGAAGCUUAUUCAAGGAUGAAGAAUUAUUGAUCUGUUUUAAUUGAAUAUAUUUCUAUUGUCUUCUCUCCUAUAAGUGCCGUUUCAGAUUCUCUAACAUUUGUCCAAUAAGGGAAGGUUUUAUUCUGACCAAUGAGGAGGAGGAGAUUAUAUGACGUCAAGCCAAUGAGCGUUUUCUCACUGGAAACAGUCAGUUCCAGGUCGGGUGUUAUUGCGAGCUUCACAUUGUGUUGAAGUGAGGAUAUCUCGCUGUGUUUUGAAGUGUACAAUUUGUGUGGAUUUCUUUCUGAUAAGUUGAAAUGGCGCGUACAAAGCAGACCGCUCGUAAAUCAACUGGAGGGAAAGCCCCUCGUAAACAGCUGGCCACAAAAGCCGCAAGGAAGAGUGCACCAUCAACUGGAGGUGUAAAGAAACCCCAUCGUUACCGCCCUGGUACCGUCGCUCUUCGAGAAAUCCGAAGAUACCAGAAGUCAACAGAAUUGUUGAUCCGUAAAUUGCCUUUCCAACGUUUGGUGCGUGAGAUUGCCCAGGAUUUCAAGACCGAUCUUAGAUUCCAGAGUGCAGCUAUUGGUGCCCUGCAGGAAGCCAGUGAGGCAUACUUGGUUGGUCUGUUUGAAGACACCAAUUUGUGUGCCAUCCAUGCUAAACGUGUAACCAUUAUGCCCAAGGAUAUUCAGCUUGCCAGGCGCAUCCGAGGAGAGAGAGCUUAAGGAGAUUUUUCAGUGACAUCUGAAUAAGCCUAUUAUCAUCUUCAUGGCUGGACUUUAACCUGUAGUGAUGUCAUCAAUUUUCACAAUCAUUUUUUUCACCUUCACCAUCAUUUGUGAUACUCGAGAAAUAAUGAAACCCCCUUCAACACACUGCCAUUUAUUGAAAAGUUGAGUACUUUGGGACAGGUUACACUACUGUUGCACAUUGUGGAAUACUUUGGGGUUUAAAAUAAAUUGUUAUUUUGUGCUUAACUUAUUUUGUAUCCAGCUGCAUGUCACAUACUUGUCCCUUUUUUUUAUAUAUAUAUGUUUAAGAUGUAUUCUGAAAGUUCAUAAAAAUUGAAUAUCUAUGUAUUCAUUGGCUGCUGCUUCAUGUGUUCAAGUACUUUGUUAGAUGGCUUCUAUGCCAGGAAUUCAUUAGUGUUGUCUUGUGAAUGGCUAAUUUGGUCAUGUAGUUAAGUAGAUAUUCAUUUAACCAUUGUAACUUAGGAGUUUCCAAUUGGUGCAUUUCACAUUUUUGAUUUUUCAUCUUGUCAGCUGUAAAAUCCAGUUGGAUGCUCUGGAAUUUGUUUUAUAUAGCUGGGUGAUUUUUAGACAAAAGUCAUUCCCAAUGUCAUUACAUUGCUUUGAUUUCAUGACAUUCCUGAAACGGCUGAGAAAUUUUUUUAAAGCAUGGAACAUUGGAGACUUAGGUUUGGCAAGUACAAAAGCAAUGUAAUACUUCAUAAAGGUUAUUGAUUUAUUACAGUAUUGUUUCAAGAUUGUAGAAAAAUAUAAUUUAACACUAUAUACA